AUGAGUUAUGAUCCAGUCCACGAUAGGUAUACCCCUUCCAAAACCGAAAAUAGAUCGGGCCAAUUGUCAAUAUCGAGCUUAGUCUCAGCAGCGGAAAUAGCUGCAACUCCCGCCCUUACUACUACCAUCACCACCACCAACAACACCAACAACACUACCACCACGAACACAGCCACGACUAAGACACACGAACCGAAGCUUCGUACACACCGACUGCCCUCGGGACGCAGCGCACACAUACUCCAUUCCAUCAAUCACCUCAUAGAUACGCCGCCACCUGAAGUAGACGACAACGACGGAGAUGACGAUUACGAUGAGACCGAUAUAAACUCCACCGUGGCCGGUGACGACGAAGACUACGUUGCACCUCACGCAAGUUCCAAGUCCUCCAAAAAAAGCAAAGCAUCCGGUUCGAAAAGAAAGAAAAAGAGCAAUAUUGCCAACUCCAAAUUAUCGUUGAAGAAAUCCGAUGGAGAACCUUUUUGGAGAAAAGACAUCCAGCACGAUUUGCUUCAGACUAUAUUCGAUGACGAAACUCCUUGCUUCACCAAUACGUUCCCUGAGCUGAGUGUCGUUGGAGCUAAUAACGCAUCCAAGAUUACAUUUGCCGAGCUAUACGUGCGGACCUUGGCUGAAUCGAGUAAGAGCUCCAAAAUAUUGAGGGAGAAAUUGCUCCGCGAUACUGAUUUGGGCAAGGCCGUUUCCAAAGUUUCCGUCUUGGUCAACGUGGGCAGGAUGAAUACUACGAUCAACUUUGUCCACGAUAUGAAAUCUACGUUGAGAACCUACCAUUCUAUUCCUUCGCUUCAAACUGGUCCGAGUGGCGGUACUAUAAACCAGCUUCAAGAUACUCCGCGAUUGAAGUCCAUCAUCAAGGCUGUCUGCGACGAGGACCCCAACAAAGUCGAAAGCCUCCAGGAGAUGCUAGACUCACCACCACAGCAGAAGCCAAACACAAACGUGGCGCAAUUGUUGUUCUUUUUAGGGAACGCCAACAGCGGCAUCCCCUUUGUGCAGGACACAAGUUUCCACUUGUUGGACUUGUUUGUCAACACCAAGAUCGACCCCAAGGUGCGUGGUUUGAAGUUUUUGUGGUUGGCGUAUACGUUCUUGGAGACUGAUUUUUCACCUGAGGAGAUGGACAAGAAUCCAUUUGGCGGAAGGCAAAUUCCAGCGGAUGUCAUCAUACCAGUGGACAAAACGGCAGAUUUUGACAAGGACACGGACUACGAGGUUAAAUAUGCCGAGGAGAUGCUCAAGGCUAGAAAACAGUACGUUAGUGAAGACCACUCAAACGAUCCACCAAGGUCGCAGGAAAAGAUCAAGAAUGCUCAGGCUGCGCAAGAAAGACGGAACCAGAGCAAGAAGCGCGAACGCGAAUUAGAAGAAACUUGGGCUAGUGACAAUGACGACGGAGAAGAAAAAACACCCAAGAUGCAAUCGUCUCGAAAGAAAAUGAAGAAAAUCGUUCAACCUGAGUAUAGCCCAAUUUCUAAAAACGUGCUAAGUCUCGCAAUAACUUCUCCCGCUGACAAUAAUAAUUUGCAGCAGCAAUUAGAAGAAGAACGAGAAAACGCGGAACCAAGCGGGUUGCAAUUCCCUGUUGAUGGACUCAAAACGUUAUGCGAGCAAUUUAGAGCAGCGGAGUUUGUACCUAAUCAGCCCGCCGAGUCCGACUCGAUAGCCCACAAGUGCGAUUUGGUCGAGAUCUCCAAACCCAUGGUCCAUGAAGUGCGAACUUCAUCGAAGGCGAGCACAGCCUCUUUCAACAAAAAGAUUACUAUUCUUGGGAACUGGAUUUAUCGGUAUUUCCAGUACAAGAAAUCGAUAGGUAACAAAUUUGCUGGCAUGGAAUGGGAAGACGUGAGACACGAUAUGGUGCAUGGGGUUGAGAAAUACUUAUAUGAGAGCUUUGGAAAAUCGUUGGGUAUACCACGAGGCAGCGAAGCCGAAGAAGAUACCGAAGCGGUGUCCAAUGCCGAUGAGGUCUACUUCAACUACGUGACUCAGGGUGAUUUCGACAAGGCCAAUGAAAAAAAGUCAUUUUUGCUUCAGCUCACCACUUUUGCCAAUGAAUUAUUUUUACAAAAAUUGGAAGAGCAGAAACGGGAUAGGCUGAGAGUGGGUAAGAUCAGUUUUGAUCUCGAAAAUGAAACCGUGACGACUCUUUAG